AUGGCUGCCACGACGCGGGCGAUUACGCCAACGCCUACAAAUCCCUUUGCUGGUCCAAAUGGUCCCAGCACGCCAGGCUCUGCCGCGCGCAACUCUCACAGCGGUGCCACGUUUGGCACGCACCUUACAAAGUCUCCCCGCGGCCUGUCGCCGCGCCUUUCGCCCCAGCCGCUUACUGGCGCUGCCGCCCUCGCCGACGAGCGCCGCUUCCGCGAUCCGUCAUCGAGGCAGACGACUCCUAAUCCUGCCGCCACCGCGUUGCAGAGCUUGAAUGGCAUGGUGCAGCCCACGACGCACGCUUCAGGCGCCGCCCCGCAAGACAACGCGCAAACCAACCCCAAGGGCGACAAGAUUACGAAGCCGCUCCUCAUUCCAGAGAACACGGCUGUUACAGGCGAGAAUAUGCAAACAAGCCCAGUCAGCCUCUCGAGCUUUGGAGAUGGCGAUGCGCCAAACGCGACGGGUGCUUCAGCCACAGAAGGUGGUGCGCUUGGCAACACCGCCCGCGAAGGCGCGCCCCAGCAGCCCACCCAGCAUCACCAGCACCACCACCAACUCAUUGCACCAAACCCAGGCGACAACCCGGGAAACCGCGCCUUUACGUUUCCCGGCCCGCUGCCUCCAGAGCCAGACCCUCGUGCUCCGACCCGCCAGAUGAGUCUGCCUGGAUACGGCCAGAACACGCCCAAGUCGCCGUCGACCAAACGCCACAAGUGCCCGUACUGCUCCACGGACUUUACUCGGCACCACAAUCUCAAGAGCCAUUUGCUAACCCACAGCCAAGAAAAGCCCUAUGAAUGUCCCACGUGCCAAGCACGUUUCCGCCGUCUUCACGAUUUGAAACGCCACACGAAACUGCACACUGGCGAGCGUCCGCACACCUGUUACAAGUGUGGCCGCAGGUUUGCGCGUGGCGACGCUCUUGCGCGGCACAACAAGGGUCAAGGUGGCUGUGCUGGCCGCCGCUCUAGUUUUGGCAUCGACGACGAUCUAGGCGACUCCAAGGGCGACGAAGGCAUGGACGGUGUCAUCUACACUGGCGAGCCUGACGGAGAAGGCGACGACGACGAAGACGGCCGCCGCGUCAGUGAACCAGUACGCAAGCGACAAAACACGGGAGCCUCGACGCAAGAUUCGUACCAUCAGCAUUCCAGUACGUAUCCGCCCAUCGCUGCCAACCGCGACUCGGGUAGCCAGAACAACAACCUCCGGCCCUACUACCCCGGCUCUGCUGCGCAGGCGGCCAAUGUGUCACCCAAGGCAGCUCCGUCCAAUAUUGCGUCUGUCCACAAUGCAAAUACGCAAUCCAAUGUGUUUGCCCAGGGCGGCAUGACAGAAAGCCCUAGGCCACUCUCACCCGGCCAGCAGGAGCAGCACCGCCUUGGUGCGCCAGAAAGCAGCUUGUCGGGCUCGCGCUCGCCGAGCCUAUCGCACCACAUGCACCAGCAAAACUACGCUCGCGGUCGAGGGACCCCUCCUGUCAGCUUGGCCCCGCCGCCUAGCACGAGCAAUGGACCUCAUUUGCCGUCUCUGCCUGGACUCAGUCCUAUGCCCCCCAAGCAAGGCUCCCAAGGUGGCAAGAGCAAUGGCCCAAGCAUGCUUCAGCACCAGACCAUGGCAGCGCCUGGAGGCGGUUCGCAACCGGGCAGCAUUUCCAGCCAUGGCGGAAGCGGCAGCAGUACGCGCGAGGUCAUGGGCAACCAUGUCGAUGUGUGGCAAUAUGUCCGCGAGAUCGAGGCGCGUAUGGCCAAGAUGGAGAAGGAAUACAAUGACAAAAUCUCGACUCUGCAAAACGAAAUCACAACGCUGCGUGCACAGCUGGCACAGCAGCACGUAAACAGCACACAAGGCCAGCAGCAAGGCCACUAG